CAGUCAUGUGAUCAGCUGUGUCCAAUCACAGCUGAUUACACUGAUCAUCAGGACACUGAUGAUCAGUGUGCCCUGAUGAUCAGUGUGGCCCCAGAAGUGCCAUGUGCCAGUGCCCAUCAAUGCCACAUAUCAGUGCAUACCAGUGCACAUCAAUGCCACAUAUCAGUGCCCAUCUGAGCUGCCUUUCAAUGUCACCCAUCAGUGCCAGUCAGUGUCGCCUAUCAGUGUCAUGUAUCAGUGCUGCCUUUCAGUGCCCAUCAGUGAUGCCUGUCAGUGCUAAUCAGUGCAACCUACCAGUGCCUCCUCAUCAG